GCGGAUUGUUAACCAUCUCACCGGGAACAUAAACAUGGCACUGAACAGGUCGCCCUCUGCCACGGAUAACUGGAAUGGGGCUCCAGAGCGCGUGCGCGUUACAGCCAUGAGGAGCGAGUCCUUUUCAUUGCAAAGCGAGAAACUCCGCUGUGUUGCCCGUGAUAUCUCUGAAUUGGGUCAGCAGGGCACCCCGAGUAACGGGUACCACGAUGCCAACGACAUCGCCGAGGACACGGAUGAGCCCGGGCCCGGUCCAGGAGGAGGGUUGUGUUUUGCAGACGGCCGUAGAAGAGUGGACUACGUUCUUGUUUAUCACUGCAAGAGACGUCAGUCACAACGUCACUUCUCUGUUGUCUCUAAUGGUAACGUGCCGUCCCAAAGCCCCACCCCCUCACGUAGGAGUACUAAGGGCGAUAUUUCAGAGGCGGUGCUGGAGUCGGGGCUCGGAACGGAACCUGGCGAUGGACUGAAUGAUAAAAUCAGGGAGGAAUUUGAGAGAGGACUUCAGGAGGAAGGCUUGGAGAUUGAACGUGACAAAGAGAUGAGGACAGUCCGGUUUAUCCGUCUGCAUGUUCCCUGGUCUGUUCUCAGCCGUGAGGCAGAACUUCUUAAGAUCGGAGUGCCCACUAAAAAGACAUAUCAGCUGAAAGAAAAGACGGGGCUGGUGGGUGUAAUAAGCUCGUUUUGGGCGAAGAUAAAUCAACCGUUCCAGCCGGGCGUACCGGAGCCCCAUAACCCACGCACGUGUGUCCUAUCCCAGCCGUUCAGCAGAGACAAGCUUCAUCUAUUUGAUAUAAACUCAAAAAACAGCUUGUUCAGCAAUGCAAUACGAGGUCGAAUUGUUUAUGACAUUCUGAGGCGCACAGCCUGCACACAGACCUGUCAAACUAUGGGCAUUUCGUCAUUGUUAGCUAAAGGGGUCUAUGACUCUGCCUUCCCUCUGCAUGAUGGAGACUUUGACAGCUCAGACGAUAGAGAGCAAUGCAACGACAGACAGAUGUUGCAUGAAAAAUGGGCCAAUUAUGGAGUUUUCUUCAAAUACCAACCAAUGGACCUUAUCAGGAAAUACUUUGGAGAGAAGAUAGGUCUGUAUUUUGCCUGGUUGGGAGUGUACACACAACUGCUGAUUCCAGCCUCAGCUUUAGGAGUCGCAGUAUUUCUGUACGGAUGCCUCACUGUAGACACCAAUGUGCCCAGUCAAGAGAUGUGUGAUGAGCAUCUUAAUUUCACCAUGUGUCCUCUUUGUGAUCGUGUGUGUGAUUACUGGCAGCUGAGCAGUAUCUGCAGUACAGCGCGUGCCAGUUAUCUGUUUGAUAACCAUGCCACUGUGGGCUUCGCCAUCUUUAUGUCCCUCUGGGCGGCAGUGUUUCUGGAACACUGGAAGAGGAAACAGCGAUGUCUACAGCACAGCUGGGAUCUGACCGGCAUGGAGGACGAGGAGGACAGAGCAGAGAAUGAGCUGCGGCCAGCGUAUGAGGACUUUCUUCAUAAGAAACAGCAGAAGGCGGCAAAGAAUAAGAAGGAAGAGCCGGACGCAGGAACAGAUGACAAAGGCAGAGAGAAGCUACUGUCUGCUAAAGGAGGACAGCUACCGCUCGUCUCAGAGUCUCUAUCAUGGACCGAUCGGCUGCCAGGAUACUGCAUCAACAUAUCCUCUAUCCUCCUUAUGGUCGGGGUCACAUUCUCUGCCGUGACUGGAGUGAUUCUCUACCGAAUCAUUGUUUUUGCUGUUAUGUCAAUGAACCCUGACCAUGAGGCUAAGGCCAACGUGCGUGUUACCGUGACAACCACUGCUGUCAUCAUCAACCUGCUGGUGGUUCUUGUACUGGAUGAGAUCUAUGGAGCUAUAGCAGCCUGGAUUACAGAGCUCGAGAUUCCAAAGACUGAAUCGACGUUUGAGGAGCAUGUGAUCCUGAAAGCUUUUCUGCUGAAGAGCAUGAAUGCAUUUGCACCUGUGUUCUAUGUGGCAUUCUUUAAGGGCAGGUUUGCUGGUCGCCCGGGUGAUUACGUUUAUGUCUUUAAGGAUUUCCGCAUGGAAGAGUGUUCUCCAGGUGGUUGUCUUAUUGAAGUGUGUAUUCAGCUGGGCAUCAUUAUGCUGGGGAAGCAGCUGAUUCAGAAUAAUGUGUUUGAAAUUGCCAUCCCGAAGCUGAAGAAGAUGUAUCGUGCAUACAAGGAGGAGAAAGAAGGAGCGGAAGAUGAGGACGACAAAGAUUCCAAACGGGAACCACAUCGCUGGGAUUUGGACUACGAUCUGGAGCCAUACGAGGGUCUAAACCCAGAGUACAUGGAGAUGGUUAUUCAGUAUGGAUUUGUCACGCUCUUUGUGGCUUCCUUCCCGUUGGCACCAGUCUUUGCUCUGCUUAAUAACGUCAUCGAAAUCCGCCUUGAUGCAGCGAAAUUUGUCACUGAAAUACGCCGACCUGACGCUGUCAGCGCUAAAGAGAUUGGCAUAUGGUACAACAUCUUGAGUGGAAUCAGCAAGUUUGCAGUAAUUACAAAUGCGUUUGUGAUAUCCUUUACAUCAGAGUUUAUUCCUCGAAUGGUGUAUCAGUAUUUGUACAGUCAGACAGGAACCAUGCAUGGCUUUACCAACCAUACACUGGCUUAUUUUGACACAAGCAAUUUUAAGCCUGGUACUGCACCACACGACACUGACUUUGACAGACAACUCCGUAUUUGCAGGUACAAAGACUAUCGAGAUCCCCCCUGGUCACCUGAGUCUUACCAGCUCUCUAAGCAAUACUGGUCUGUGCUUGCUGCACGUCUGGCAUUUGUCAUUUUUUUCCAGAAUUUGGCUAUGUUCCUCAGUAUGCUGGUGGCAUGGUUGAUCCCAGAUGUUCCUCGUUCUCUGAAGGAGCAGCUGAAGAGAGAGAAAGCACUUCUGUUAGAUCUUUUACUCACAGAAGAGAGGGACAAGCAGUGCACCGAUUCACAACUAUUGACAACAACCAACAUUGAUGUAGUUGUUAAGAGUUUUGAGGAACCACCAGAGGAGCCACCUGUUUGCAAUAGGGUAGUGCUGAGCCAAUCAGAAGAAGUGCUAAAAGAACUUUGGGUAUCCAACGGAGAGGAGGAAGAGCCUGAGGAACAACCAGAAGAGGAACUUAUAGCAUCCACCAGUGAUCUUCUCAAUGAUAAACCUCGACCUUCUACCUUAGAGACUCUCAAUACAACCGCAGAGUCUAUCUCGAAGAAACCCUGUCAUGUUGAAUCACCCACAACACCUUCAACACCUGCAGAUCUUGGCUCAGAAUGUCCAAACCAAUCCGUUCAUUCGGUCAAAACAGGCUCAAUAUAUCAUUAUCGGCAGUUUGACCUGAAUGGACCUCCACAUCAAGACUCCAGUUCCAAGGCUAGGAGCCGUUGCCGAACCCUUCCACCAAGGCACAGAGGACCUGAGCCUGAGGAAUGUGCAACCAGACCCAGCCAAUCUACCACAUUCACACACCUUGACCAAAAGUUUCCUUCUCCUAUCGAGCUCACACGGGAUGUCCCUAGAACACUGUCUACAACCAAGCCUUCUGGAAACCAGAUGUCUGUGUUGUCCAAAAUGGAUUCCACUGGAAGUGAGUUGGCAGAACUGCCUCAGCCACCUUCAAAAACAGAACUUGCAGGAGGCCUUUCGACAGCCUUGCCACGUCCUCCUUCCAGACCAGAGCUAGUGGGUAACAAGUCAACAGGAUUACCACGGCCUCCCUCUAAACCAGAGCUGAUGGGAUGCGCAAUGAAAGGGCUACCACCCCAUGAUCCAGGCACCAAAGCCAAGGGCCGAUGCCAGACUCUUCCUCCAAGGCAAAGAGGCUCCGAGACUGCCGGGGAGAUAUCACUCAGACCUAGUCACUCAAUCACAUUCACACACCUCAGUCAACAGAUGCCACCUUCACCCAGCGAGCUCAAAAGUAACACCCCUGUAUGAGUGUAAUUAGACAAAGUAUAGCAACACUACACAUCUUUAGCACCUUGCAUCUGGUGCCCACUCUCAGUGCCAGACAACCCAUGCCGUCAUAAACUCAUUUGUGACUCAUCGAUUUCUCGUUGAUGACUGAACACUCAUCAUUUGGUAAUUCUGGAGGUAGACCAACUGUUGAUGGCUUGGUGGAUGUUCUCUUGGUUGCUAACCUAGUCAGCACAACAUCUCAAACUUGAUUGGAGGACAGAGUGCAGCCAAGUACAGCUUGUGCAUCCUGGGUACUUUGGAAUUAUUUUGGAGCCAUAUGACAUGGCUCAGUGACUCUUAAACAUUGUCUUAUACUGUGACUUGCCAUUUUCUGUAUACCUGUACAGACACAUGCACACGCACAUGUGUGUGCGCACACACACACACACACACACACACACACACACACACACACACACACACACACACACACACACACGCACACACAAUAACCAAAUCUUAUUACCCUGACCUCUUGAGCCAGAACAGAGAGAGGCUUAGGAAUAUGGGCCAAAGGGCUUUGCAGUCCAUAAUGAUUUGUUACUCAGCAAGUGGAACCUUCAUUUUGUUGUGUUGUUCUCAUGAGUUUUGUUCCAUGUACUUCAAAAGAAGAAUAACUAAAUGUGAACCUAUUAACACAAUACUCCACCUUCAAAAUGAGCCAAAUUGUUUAUGGAAUUGUCUAUUUGUCUUUAGUGGCAAUAUACAUCUAAAGUGUCUCAUCCAACUGACAAGUUAGCAUGUGUAAGUUGGCAGUUAGCAAGAUCUUCAUAUGUUCUUCAUAAUGUGAUGUUGAAGUGGAUUCGUGGACAUGCAAAGCCAAUAAUUUAUCGAUAAGUGAACAUUUGUUAAAUCUCUCUCAGCUACACUGUAGUAUUUUACAUAACUUCUAUUAGCCACUAUGCUAGCAUAGCUCAAGAACAUGUAAAGCAUGCUAUAUUCACUGUGAAGUAGUUUUCAAGGAUCACGAAUCAUCACUUCUAAAUUACCACCAUCCCGACUAAUGGCGGACAAAAAGGUAUGAAUAGACUGGCAAUGUAUACACGGUUACAUUUUGGGAGUGACAACUACAUUUACCAUUUGUGUCAGUGGAUCCACUAAGUUAUCGUACGGUGUACGGAAUACAGAAGUCACUCCUGCUACCAAGUGGUGAUGGUUGACAUGGUGAUAAACAUGGCAACAUUUUGGUUUAACCCAUUUAGUGUUAGCUAUUGUUGACCAAACUAAUAUUAAAGACCUGAGAUGUAUUAGCGUUUGCCGAUUUUUGGUAAACUGUUGUCCUCAAAGGCAGUGGUGGACAGUAACGAAGUAAAUGUAAUUCGUUACUGUACUUAAGUAGCUUUUUUGCGUAUCUGUACUUUACUGAAGUAUUUAAAUUUGGGGAGACUUUUACUUUAACUCCACUACAUUUCAAAGUCAAAUAUCUUACUUUUUACUCUACUACAUUUUCAAAAUCAGUCGUUCCUUUUUAUUUAUGAGUGGAUAAAAACGGAACUGGUCAAACGAGCCACCAAUCACAGUACAGCGCACGCGCUUUGUAUUGAACUUGCCUUGGCGGCAUCUACUAAGCGCGAACCAGGGGUGCAUUUCCCUAAAGCAUCGUUAGCCAACUAUGGUCGCAAGUUCCGUCGAGUCGGUGUUUCCCGAAACCAUCGUUCCAACGAACAUUCGCAAACAGCAUCGCAGAGUUGUGUGGUUGGAACGACAGCUCUCGACCUGUGGUUAGAAGCAGAGUUUCUUGUUAUUAUAACAUGUGGGCUUAAUAAAUUAUUAUCUUGAGCCAAAUAAGCAAGAUGACAUUUAGUACAAUCAGUAUCUUUUAUUUAGAAGACAUACAAAUGUCCUUUGUGUCUUUUAGUUUGUCAAUAGAUUUAAAGCACCGUUUUUGAAGAGUGCGCAUGUGUGAACGUGCUCUAGUGCGUAAGAACGAGCCUAUGAUUGAAUCUGGAAAUAAAGCAAAUAACUGAGAAAAAUAUGAGAUAGUCCUCAGAUGACAUGUCCGUAAUUUAUAGCAAAACAUCUAGUAUUAAUUCGAUCGCAAACAGAUUCAUUAAAUGUAGUUUUUACUCCACCACAUGUGUGACAUCAUUAACCAACGUGGUUGAAGAACCAAUUUGCGACAAUACGGUUUCGGGAAACAGUCGUGACUAGCAAGUUGAUUUCUUCAACAGUAGUACGGUAGUGGAGCAGCAAGUUACGUCGUACGGGAAACGCACCCCAGAGCCGUUAAAUAUGAGAGUUGCGAACAGACGGUUGCGACAGUGAUCUCGCCGUCGCGCGGUCACGUGAUUCGUGUAGCUCUCAAUAGUUCCAAACAAAUUGCGUUGCCAAUGAUUUUAAGCGGGGCAGAGAGCAGCAGCUAUUAUUGCAGCAAUUAUCGGUAAAUAUUGACGCAUAAUGUACAUUGCUUAUUAUGUUGACACUAAAAUGACUUGCAUAUAAUAGCAUUUUUUUCAGGGGAGUAGCAGAAACACUGCAUUAAUACGUUUUUGUGUUUAAUUUUGGAGGAAAUUGGCUGCUCCCAUAACAUAGAAUAUAUAUAUAUAUAUAUAUAUAUAUAUAUAUAUUCUAUGUAUAUAUAUAUUCUAUGUAUGUGUGUGAUAUAUAUAUAUAUAUAUAUAUAUAUAUGUAUGUAUGUAUGUGUGUGUGCAUAUAUUUAAUGGCGUUGUGCAGGUUUAUGUGAAUGUUUCAUAACAUUAGGAUGUUAAUAAUUAUGACCAUAGACACUCGAGAAAAAUAUAUACAGUAAAUACUGUAAAUGUAUUAUACCUUAUGGGAACAGUCCCCUUCCCUCCAAAAUUAAACACACAAAAAAUGUAUUCAAUUUCAAUAUAAUAUAUAUUUUAUAUAUAUAUACACAUCUGACUAAUUAAUGUCAUUUUAUUAAUAGAUUGGUGUGCCAAGAGUGACAUUAGUCUUCAUGUAGACUGAGUUAAGCAAGAGUCUUGUGACAAAUUAUAAUAGGACAUUAUGGCCAUAAAAAAUCAUAGUACUUGGAUACUUAAGUACAUUUGAAGGCAAAUACUUUUGUACUUUUACUCAAGUGAAUGUUUAAAGGCAGCACUUCUACUUUUACUUGAGUAAUAUUUUACCUGGAGUAUCUUUACUUUAACUCAAGUACAUGGUAUGUGUACUUCGUCCACCACUGCUCAAAGGUGCCAUGCAUUGUUUAAACAUGUUAAAGGGGGUAGUUUACCUAGUCCUAGAUCUUUUAUUUAUUGGUGAACUAUUCUUUUAAGCACGCUUGAGGAUUGACAACCAUAUUUACCAGCAUUGUGUACAUGGCCACUGUGUAUUCAACUCUAACUAAUAUGUUAAGUGGCAGAUGUGUUCGAUAUGCAUUGUGCUACCAGGGAUCAGUUAGCUAAUAACAGUUAUAAACCAGCAUUCACAUAGGACGAUCACUUCAAUGUUAUCUCUAGAGGUCUUGAGAAACUCUGAGAAUAUUUUGAUAAUAUAAUGAAAAAAAAUAUGAAAACUGUUUAUAAUAAAAGUGG